AGUCGCAAAGUCGGUAACUCGAACAGCGCCGACGGGGCGGCACUACUCCAACAGGCGGUGGCCGAUGGGUUGCCGACGUCCUCCGGCGCAGCGAGCCACGCGCCUCGCUGGCUGCUAGCGGAGGAAGUUUGAUUCCAUCGGGUUUUUAACCGUCGUUGUCAGUGUACCAGAAAAGCCAGAACGGCCAGGAGCUCGGCUCCGUCCGCCGCGUCGCUCGACUGCACCUCCACCGGGAGCGCGGCAGCACGGCAGCACCAUGGCGGUGGCCCUCUUCGUGCUGCUCGGCGUCCUCCUGGCCCUGCUCGUGCCCAACGCCGUCAGGGUCUUCCACCACAUCUGCCAGGUGGCGCACAUAAUGCGCGUCACGAAAGACAUCCCCGGACCCAAGUGUUGGCCCGUGAUCGGCUGCCUGACGGACUUCCUGGCCGCGAUCCGCGACAUGCACGGCACCAUCAACGACAUCGUCCGCAACUACGGCACCACGGUGCGCAUGCAGGUGCUGGACCGCGUCGUCGUCAUGGUCAUGGACCCCGACGACGUGCAGGUGGUGUGCACGCACCCCGCGCUGGCCAACAAGGCCUCGCACUACGACCAGCUGUACCUCCACCUGGGCAUGGGGCUCAUCACCAUGAACGGGCCGGCCUACAAGCGGCAUAGGAAGGCCAUCUCGCCGUCGCUGCACCUCGACAUCCUGCAGGACUUCGUGCCCACGUUCGCCAAGAACGCCGAGGCCCUGGUGGAGCGGUUGCAGCAGCACGCCGACCGCGGCACCGCGCUCGACAUGUCGCCCGAGUUCGGCAUGCUGGCCAACAUGACCAUCAUGGAGACGGUGCUGUCCAUGCGCCGCGACGGCGCCUCGGACAAGGAGUACGCCUCCAUGGUGGACGUGCUGAGCGAGACCAGCGAGAUCAUCAUGUGGCGCGCCAUGCGGCCCUGGUGGGGGAGCGACGCGCUGUUCCGGUGGCUGAGCUCGCGCUACGAGACGUACAAGCAGACGGCCGCCUGCAUGAACGCCAUGGUGACGGACAUCCUGCGCUUCAAGCAGGACGAGGUGGCGCGCGGUGUGCCGCCGCCGCCCCGCCGCCGCAUGGCCUUCCUGGACCACGUGCUGCGCUCCGCGGAGAGCGCCAACAUGUCCACGGAGGAGAUGCGCGACGAGCUCAAGACCUUCCUCUUCGCCGGCUCCACCACGUCCAUGGACUUCCUGGCCAUGGUGGCGCUCAUGUUCAGCAUGUACCCCGACGUGCAGAGCAAGGUGCAGCAGGAGCUGGACGACAUCUUCGGGCCCCUGGACACGCAGCGCACGGUGACGGCCGAGGACCUGGGCCACAUGCAGUACACGGAGCGCGUGCUGCGCGAGACGAUGCGCUACGCGCCGCCCGUGCCCAUGGUGUUCCGCGAGGCCACGGAGGACGUGAAGCUGCCCACGGGCGUGACCAUCCCGCGCGGCUGCAUGGUGGCGCUGGUGCCGGCCGGCACGCACCGCCUGGAGAAGCACUUCCCCGACCCGCAGCGCUUCGACCCGGACCGCUUCCUGCCCGAGAACACGCGCGGCCGCCACCCCUUCGCGUACAUCCCGUUCAGCGCGGGCACGCGCAACUGCAUCGGCCAGCGCUACGCCCUCAUGAUGGCCAAGACGGCCGUGGCCACGCUGCUGCGCCGCUACUCCUUCGCCCGCGCGCCCGGCGGCCCCAAGGGCUUCCACGAGGUCAACGUCGACAUGGGCAUCACCAUCGCGGUGCGCGGCGGCGCCGUCGUCCGUGUGCAGCGGCGGACCGCGCCGGCCGCCGCCAAGUAGGCCGACGAGGAGGUAGCCGCGCCUCGCCCCCGCACUCUCAUUCCGGGAACGUGACGUCACGUUGGAAAGAAUGUGACAAGGUGUCCCGUUCCUUUGAGCAUUGAGUCACAUUCGUUUGAAUGUGACCGAUUCACAUGGCCGAUUCACAUCCAAACGAAUGUGACACAACGCUCAAAGGAACGUGACACCAGAGUAAGCUAACAUUUCACUUUUGCAAUUAACGUUAUUUCUGUAUCUCGGCUAAACGGCUAUAGAUAUAAUAGUUAUUCAUAUGGAUGAACCCAUCUUAAAUUGAAUUUCAGAUGGGGUCAUCCCUUUCCUACUGUUAGCCGUUUAGCCGAGAUACAGAAAUAACGUUAAUUGCAAAAGUGAAAUGUUGGCGCACCCUGCGGUGAUACGCACCUGAUGUCACGUUUCUCCAAUGAGAGUGCAGCGGCCGCGCCCCGCCGCGCAACGUCCACCGUACCUUGAACGUACCUGAGCAGAGAAUCAGUCAGUAGGUUUGGAGCGCCCUCCCCUCUCACGCUCUGUUGAUUGUGGCUGGACUCCAGACACACGCCCACUUAUCGUGACAUACUGUUCUAUGUUAGAGCCACGUGUUUGUUUUUGUGUCUUUUUUUCGUAAUAAAAACGCCGCUUGUUUCCCA